CCGUAGUCGGUCGACCGGAUUAACCAUUCGCGUGAGGGUCGAGGCACGAGAAGAGAAGUUUAAAAUUGAGUCGAGUCGAGUUGGAAGAGCCUCGGCAGCAUCCAGCUGACCACUGAUUGUGAAUUCGUGGUUUUAUCCAAGUUUCCGCGUACGUUAGUCACCGUUGUUGAACGGUAGCUAAAACCAUAAUAUUAGCGUAUUGAUAUUAAUAAUUUCACGCACGAUUAUAUCGUACCAUUCAAUUCUACAGGCGUUUAUCGAACUACGAGUACGUAGGGUAUAAAAGUUUUAUAAAUCGGUUAUGUUCUUCGUGGUGCUGCGGUGGUUGAUCAAGUUGACCGUAUAACGAUAUAAUUUUGUAACUGUUUUUAAAUCGUACACACUUAUUACCGCGGUUGCUGAAGUCAUACUUAAGAUAACUCACAGGUUCGUGCAGAAUCAGUGAAAGAAAACAAUCGACGUUCCAUAACGGUAAUUAAUUUCUACCGGAUCGACUGGAUGCAUUAUCAGAAAUAAACUGAUAAGCCGUCGUCAAGCUUUCAUUCUUCAAGUGAAAAGUAGAGUGUGGGGAGAGGAACAUUCCUUCGAAGAAUGUAAAUUAUACCAUCGUUGUUCACUCGAGAACAACAUAAAGGGAACUACUGAUGUUCCCAUCUGAUUAUAACCGUUGUACGCAAUGAUAACAUGAAAGCUUCGUACUUCCAACGAGCUUUGUCAAGGCCAUACAUUCCAACGUUAUUCAACUCAUUGAAGGACGACGACGAAGACCACGUGUGUUCAUCUCUUUGAUCAGGAGGGCGAUGGUGCACCUCCCUUAGCGUGGAUAUGGUAACGAUGAGCUCCGAUACGUUGGGGUGCCGGCGAAAGCCGGCGGAGAAUAUCACCGCGAAAGGAGGAGGAACUGAACAAUCUGCAGGUGGAGGAAUAAGAGGAAGAAACGACGUGCCGUAUAGGAGGCAACAUUCAUCCGAUCAGGCAGCAAACGCCUCUGGGGAAACAACCGCCGCGAACGCUCACGCCCCAGACACAUCGAAAACGGCGACUUGGCCCAUUGACACCCCAAACUACCUCGUUUAUCAAAAGAUGGAAUCCAUAGUCGAAAAAAUGCUGGAUGAAGGAACAGGGGUACCCGUUAAAACUGUAAAAAGUUUCAUGACAAAAAUUCCAUCAGUUUUCACUGGAACUGACCUGAUCGCGUGGAUGAUGAAAAAUAUGGAAAUUGAAGAUCAAGAAGCACUUCACGUUGCACAUUUGAUGGCGGCACAUGGAUAUUUCUUUCCGAUUGAUGACCACUGUCUCACCGUUAAAAAUGACAAUACGUUCUAUAGGUUUCAAACACCAUAUUUUUGGCCUUCGAACUGUUGGGAACCUGAAAAUACUGACUACGCUGUUUACCUGUGCAAACGAACAAUGCAGAAUAAAACCCGACUCGAAUUAGCGGACUAUGAAGCUGAGAAUCUGGCCAGGCUACAAAAAAUUUUUUCCAGAAAAUGGGAAUUUAUAUUUAUGCAAGCUGAAGCACAAAGUAAAGUUGACAAAAAGCGUGACAAGCUUGAGAGGAAAGUUUUAGACAGCCAAGAAAGAGCCUUCUGGGAUGUUCACAGGCCUAUGCCUGGAUGUGUUAAUACCACGGAAUCGGAUAUUAAAAAGGCAUGCCGUAGCAACAAACCGAUGAUAAAAGCUAGCAAGCACUUGCAACUAGGCGUCGGUGGAGGAAGAAUAUCUCCAACGCCUACAGACUCUGAUCUGAGUUCUCCAAAUGAAACGUUGCAGAAGGAAAUUACGAUGUUAAAGCAGAGAUUGGAUCGCAGAAAUAUCAAAGUUUCAAAAGUUGCCGAAGCGCUUAUCAGUUAUUUUGAACAAUAUGCGGAGUAUGAUCCGUUCUUCACGCAACCAGAAUUCACCAAUCCCUGGGUGUCGGAUAAUCCGGAAAUGUGGGAGCAGGAGAAACUAGCAAAAGAAAUAUCUGCCAGGAGGGUGAAACGAUGGGCUUUCAGCUUGCAAGAAUUGCUACAAGAUCCCAUUGGCAGGGAACAGUUUGUCAGAUUUUUGGACAAAGAAUUCAGUGGAGAAAAUUUGAAGUUUUGGGAAGCUGUGCAAGAAUUGAAAACUUUGCCGCAACGUGAUGUUCAAGCUAAAGUUCAAGAAAUCUGGGACGAAUAUUUGGGUAGUGAAGCCAGCUGUCCUAUCAACGUUGAUUCGAGAUCUUAUGAAUUCACUAAAAAGAACCUGGAACAACCAGAUCGAUGGACCUUUGACAUUGCUGCGGCUCAUGUCUAUCAUCUGAUGAAAAGUGAUAGCUACUCGAGGUACCUUCGCUCAGAAAUGUACAAAGAUUUCCUCAAUGGCUCCAAGAAAAAGACAUCAGUAAAAGGCAUUCGUUCAAUUGUGUCGUUUACGGCCCGGAAGGAUGCCACAGGAUCUUAACUGAUAAAUUUAUUAAUUUUAUAGUUAGUGCGAUAUUUAAAUUUUUGAUCUUUAUUUGAAUUUGAGCUUAGACUGAAAAAUGUAAAUGUACAGUAAUUCGUUUGUAUCACUUGUCAGUUGGGACACUACAAAAUUGUUAUUGCAUUACAGCUCAAAUCUUCUGACUAAAGAGUCCUAGUCGUUAAUUGAGACCGCGAAAAUAAUAUUUUUUUUUUACGAUUAUUAUUAUUAGUAUUAUUAUUAUUAUUAUUAUUAUUGACCUUUGAAAACAUGGUUUCCACACGAUUCGAUUUAACUUACCAAUCCAGAUAUUAUGUAUAAAAACAAAAUCAUACUGUAUAUCUUGAAUUGAUUUUUUUGCCAAAUAAGAUGAACUUCAGAGGCAAUGUAUUAUGAGUAAAUUAUUCACUUGAAGGGGUUGUAGAAUUUGCAAGUAAACUCGUGUUAGUUAUACAAAUAAAAAAUUUACACAACAUUGAGCAAACCUCUAGCCCACUGCCGAUAAUAACUGCAAAUAUUAUAUUUUUUGAAUCAUGUAAGUCUAUGUCAAGUGUGUUCUUAUGACCCCUGAGAAGUUACAAUUCAAUUAUCCGUUCAAUAAACUUCGUACGCACGAGCGUACAUUUACAGCAGUGAUUGAUGACGCGAUCACGAUCUCUAUCGUUGUAGCGGAUUGCCGCCAAGUUUACGUUGACCGAGCCCCAGUGAGUCCUCAAAUAUGAAAAGUAUAGUUGUUGUGCGAUUGCUCUUUGGUCAACUUGGUACCUACAGGCAAGUCAGCUCGAUUUUUAUUAGCGCUUGACUUGCUCAGCAAGGAAGCUACGCACAAAAACAAAUUUAUUAUUGGGACGCACGCUUUUUGGGCAUCAAGCAUUCCUUCGUUAUAAACAUUACAUUUAUUGUUCAAGGGAAAUUAUAAAGUUACACGCAGAAUUAUUGUAACCCACGCAAAAUGUGUUGACACACAAACAGAAAAAUGUUAAAAGUGAGUGACGUAGAAAUUCAUUUAAUGCUACGUUGAUUCGCUAUAACUGUCAUGAUGUAGUAAAUGAUGUAUGUUAAUUUUUUUGGCCGAAGAGUUGACCUUACUAUUAUUGAUUCUAUAAUAUUAAAUAUUCUCGUAUACACAUUGUAUUAUUGUAACUACGCGGAAAUCAAAUCCUGCUCAUUGGUGAGAGAAAACGUUUUUCAAGUGUAUAUUGCACAGUUUGUGAGGAACAAUCUCUUCCUAAAUUUUAUCAUUUAUAUGAAUAUAAAUGUAUAUACAUAAUGAUAUUGAAAAGUAUUGAUGCUGCAACUUAUAUUGAACAAAAUAAAAAGACUAAGACAUGUAUAAAUAAUAGUUAUACCAUACUGAUGAUGUAAUCUACGAAUUUUGUAGCCAUAUUGAAAAGUGACAAGACUUUGAGCUAGACAGCGGCUGCACCUAGACAGUAUACUCACUAUAUUGUCUUGAAAAAUGAUAAUUAAUAAAGCUCGGCUGAUAUAACCGGGUACUUAAACAUUUUUGUGAUAGUUGCUGACUAGAGAAUUUGGAUGUGUGUGAUAGGCUGUAGAGUGUAUAAAUAUUUGCAUAUAUUGGAUAGUAAUUAUGUGAUUAGCACAAAUUAAAAAUUUAUUAUUGGAUAUAAUGAAUAUAACAAUUAUUGUUGUUGAUCUAGCUUAUCCGCGUAUAAAUAAAAGUGUGAAGCAGGCUGCAUGUAAUGUGCUAAUUAGCGUGUCUGACAUCAAACAUGUAAAUAGUAUUACCGAGUAAAGUUAUUGUGUCUUACAGUCAAAGUGAAUUUCCUAGAUUGUAUUAUAAUUGCACACAUUAAAGAUAGCACAUUCCAUCAUUGUUUCCAAAAAUUAGAAUUUUAAUUACCCGUGAAAUUACUGUACAUUAAUUAACUAUGGUAUUCAUUUCCGAAAAAUCGGUUCGGUUUGAAACAACUCGUAUUAUCCUUCAACAUUUUAGAUUGUUCGGAGUGAAAAUAAUCUUUGUUAACGACGAUAAGCGGUGUGUAAGUUUUACGAGAAUUGUACAUUCUUUGUUACUUGUGAUUGUCAAUUGACAAUAGCAUGUCAUCAUUGCUGAAAAUAAUGUAUUUUUCAAAUGUUAUUACUAGUAAUAAGAAAAAAUUUGUCAUUUAAGAGUAAAGCCUGAUAAGCUUUGUAGUUAUUGCAUUGCUAGAUCAACAGUUGUGAUGAUUGUUAUAAAAUUUUUUGUUAAGAAGUAAUUUUCCUUCAAAAGAAAAAUACUUUUUACUCGGCAUAGUGUGAUAAGAUAGAAGUAUAAAUGAGUAACUGAAAACCAUUUACAGCCUCGAUGGUUGUAUACAGAGUAAUUUAAGAAAUCAUAAAAAAAGUAAUAAAAACAAAAUGAAAUAGAAUAAAUGAUCGGAAAACAUGGUUUUGACAAAUAAUGAUUUAAAACGGUUUGUAUCAUGCUACGAUCACUGUUGUCAACCGAUAUUCGAUCGUUGUAAUUUUAUUAAUUAAAAUGAUAUAUCAUAUAGAAUAUCAGCUCUCGGUGUAACAUUCUUUCGAUAUAAUACAAAUAUAGUCGUUUUUAGUCGCCUAAGAUAGAAAUGAUAACGUUGAAGAUGAUUUCCGUUAACCAGAUAACCGAUUUUCUCAUUUAUCUGACCUUUUUGUAACAAUAUCUGUCUAAUCGUUGCAUGAUACAUUCUGUGACCGGGAUUUUGGAAUUGAAUGUGCGAUGCAAUAUAAUACGGGUCGAUAAUGAUUUUAUAAACAUCUUUAAAAAUAUAUAUAUUUUAGGCUUAAAAAUUGUCCAAAGUAAUCAAGAUUACUAGCUAUUUCCAUGUUUCAGAACAUUUUCUCAUAAAUUCUAGAGACAAAGCUAGAUGGUAACUCAUAAAAUAUGUUCGAGGUUUGUAACGACUCAAAAUGCUGCGUAGUAAUUAUAAAUUGGACAUCAAAUCAGUUAUUCACAAAGUAUACGGCUGAUCAAUGGUGUUAAACAGAUAUACGAAAGUAAAUAUAGUCGUAUUUCUUUGAUAAUGUCAGUAAUCAACUAAUGAUUUUUCUAAUAAUCUUAAGUUUCACAUCUUUCCCAUAUACUUAAUAUAGUUUUUUCAUCACUGAUAUUACUGUUAUUGAGUUAUAAAAGUUAAGAACAUCUGAACUAUUCAUUUCUGUAUUCUGAACUUACUAAUGGAAACAUAUUUGUCGUCACUACCAUCCUCACCUUGAGACGAUCAAACCAAAAUAAUAAACCGAUUAGUGGAAUAACUUAUUUGUAAUAUCAUUAGAUCAAAGAAUUGUUACAUAGUAAUUCCGUCAAUGUCAUGUGCGCUCAAAAUGUGAUAAGUAAAUCUUUGGCAUCACAUUGAAUGGACUCGUUAAAAUCAUAACACCUAUUUCAAUCCACGUGACGAGUAACCAAAACAUGACAUACUCGUGAGUUUUCUUUACAUAUGAUUUUAGAUGUUUAAGAUGGUGUACUGUCUGUACUACGCUUUUUAAAUUUUUAAAUAGAUGUGCGGAGACUUCAGAAAGGGUAGGUAAAAUGGCAUGGGCUCAGAGCCAUUAAUUCGAAACUGUUUUUUUUUCUUUAUCAUUGCUACUGCUAUAUCUGUGUAAAAAUUGCUAAAGCGUUAGAUUGAAAUGAAAAAGAAACAAAAAAUACAAAAUCAAAAGAGCACUCUGAGUUGUGAUGAAUGUUCAACACAAAUGGAUGUAACUUUGAUAAAAAUCGAAUUCUACAAGUUGUAAUUUCACUUUUUGACUAUCAUGAUCCUGAGUAUAUUACUGUGCAAUUGAUUAAAUUGCUGAUUGAUGAUUGAAUCAAUUAGAUUAAAUAAGUCAGGACAGAUUAGAUUGGGGAAGAUCAAUUGAAUAGGAACCUUUCUUUUAUAAAGGUCGUUCCUUCCAUUAAAAUCAUUGCUUCGGCGAUAUAUUAAAUGAAACUGGUAAAAUAAAUUGGAUAAGUUUUAUACAAAAGAAAAUUAAAGAACUAUAGAGACAAUUCUUAUGCAGCAAAAAGUUCAAGCGAUUAAAGCGGAGCUGUAAAAUAUUGAUAAUGCUAUUGAACAAUAUGCCAGUUAUAGAUAGUUAAUUGACUUGUAAAUGAUGUGACACCUUAUUGUAAAGCUUUAUUAGGAUAGGCUUAUGAUGAUAGAGCUAGUUUUAAAAUAGUACAUUGAGCACAAAAAAUCUCUAGGAAUAAAGUUUAGAAUACAUACUUAUGCAUAGAAGAUCUCAGUAGAAUUAUAUUCCGUGUGUGUAUACAAUACAUAAUAACGUAAUACAGUACGUAUUUCCUCUCAAAUGUA